ACUUGACCCGCCCACCCAUUGUCCUCUACCUUGUGGGUUUCUUUUUUAAAUGUUCCAUUCUCAUGUCAUCCUCGCAGGGCCUUCUGAACCCCCCUAGGCCGUAUUCCCUAUGCGGGGUGCCGCUUCAGGCCCGCAAUGGUGAUGCCUACCUGUGUACACUCUUUCCGCGAUCGGUUGCGACUCUGAAGAUGACGCCGGCACGGAAGAGAAAAACAAGAGAAGGGUUGCAUUGACAAACGGCAAGAUGAAAUCAUGGCAGGAUAGGGCAGGCUUCGCCCCGAAGGAUGCAACAAGACGAACCACUGGGGUUUUUUGGCUUCGAAGGGUCUCGAAAAGCUCGGGCCACAUAAACAGCCGGCACGAGAACGUGGGCCCAGACUGGUCGCUGCUCGGGAAUAUCGAAGUGAUGGGUGUGCUCCGAGAUCAUCCCAACUCGCCCAGAAAACAUAUCCGGUCCGGUCGCAGUCCUCUGAUACGGCUUCUUUCGGGUUUCCAGAAGGCGCGCUUCGCCGGUCAGAUUCCUCCUCUAGAGCCCAUGACUCGUCCAAGUCCCACCAGGGCAAUCAUUUCCGGCAAAUUGCUGUUGCAAUCAAUGUUGUUCCAUGCACGACGCACGUCAACAUCGACCCCAGAUACGCCAUGCCUCCGUCCUCCACAAUGAGCGCUCUCCAUAUCCGCGUCAUUACCUGCUAUCCGGCCUCUCCAAGAACUAAGUUGUGCCAUGUUGGGCACUAGAAGUCGGACGCAGACACGAAGAGGGGCACCAUCCGAGGUAAGCUUGAGGGGCCUGCUUCGAUGGCAGAUGGUUGCCGCCGCCUGUGACGACGCACAUCUCCCGACCAGCACCACAUGCUCUGUUAUCGGGUGGAUACCUGAGACAGUGAGACGUGCCGCCAGUCUCGUCCCUGACAGGUCCACAGAGGUACAGAUCACAAUGAUAGCAUUGGCAGGAUAGCAUCACCAGCAUAGGAUGGAUUCGUUCUCGUACCUUGUACUUACGCAAGCACUUCUUCACGGGCAGAUACCGUGGGUCAGUGUCAUCUCCGAUAAGCAUAAGGUCGGCGCUGCAUCAUCCAACAUGUUUUGGGCCGUGUCUUUGCCCAAGAAGACCCUUCAGCCGGUACCGCGCUGAAUGUGUGUCACGAGAAAAGCAAGCUUCUCCAGACAGGAAUAUUUUUGCUUGACGCACCUGCAAGGGAGACUGUUGCAAGAGCUAGGAAUGAACCUUGAAUUUGUCUAGCAAUACCCGAUCCCGAGCAGCCCUGUCAGUGAUAGCUGCGUCUCGUCAAUCGGCCACAAGGUGGAUGAGGGCCCAGAACCAGUCUUGAUAAUCAAGAAGUUGAUUCGUGCACUAUUACUUCACGCCAGACAUCCCGCAAAUUGGUACCGAUUAUACACUUGCAUUCAUCCAGAAUCACCUGACUCGUU